GAUAGUUUGGCUCGCAGUGAUGUUGCGUUGUCAGUCACGGCUAUUUGGUCUCGUAUCAAUGAGCAGGUUUACGGUGGUGGUCAACAGCAGGCAUUGGUCGGGCUGUCGCGAGAGCAAGUGCUGAGCCGGGUAUACCGCGCCCGCAAUCGCCAUUUCGGGGGGAACAUUCACGGCCGUAUCGAGUUGCCACCACUGUCUCGCGUAAACGACCGGCCUCUCAACUUUUUUCAAUUUCACCACAUCAGUGGCUCCAACGACAGCGAUCAGCCCAGCCGAAUUAUUGGCUGGGCUCACCCAGAGCUCAUUUCGCUGCUCCGGUACGCGGGUAUAUCGCUGUUUGUGGAUGGCACGUUUAGGUGCGUGCCACGUGGGUUUCAGCAAUGCGUUGUGGUGAUGGUGCACGACCAGGCUUCGGGGUGUUUUGUGCCGGUGUUCUACGUGUUGACCACGCACCGCACCAUGGACACCUACACGGCAUUAUAUUUUUGCAUCCAGCAGGCAUCGGAUCGCCUACUUGAACCCGCCGAAGUGGUGUGUGACUUCGAACGCGCCCUCAUCGACGCAGUCGGAGACCAGUUCCCAAACGCGGAUAUCAUCGGCUGCUUAUUUCAUUUUAAGCAAGCCGUCCGCAGGAAGAUGAAAAGCAUUGGUAUCUCCAACCGCGCGGCUGGUAUCGCCAUGGCUCCGGGUGUAUUGGACAUGUUGACAGUUGUGCCAAUUGAGCAAGUCGAAGUUGGCGGCAUCAGCUGGGUUAAACGUCAGGUCAAAGAGCGCUGUAGAAACGACGGUGUAGCGUACGUCCGGUCGAAGUGGAACAUUUUCUGGAGCUACUUCAAGCGAACCUGGCUGUAG